AUGGCGAGUUCAGACACAGCCUUGCAGAGUCACUGCAAGACGAGUGGCAGCCCUGUCCACAGGGCAGCAUUAAAGACUGAUGCUUCACGGGGGAUUGUAGAAGAUAUGCAACAAAUGAAAAUCAAACACACAAAAAUAAUCAAAGAACUGGGCAAUAUAAGGAAAGAAAACCAGGAACAGACUAUAACUACUAUGAAGAAACAUUAUGGUGAUAAAAUGAGGAGUGUGAAAGCCCAGUUAGAAGCUUACCAAGAGCUGAUGAAUAAGAGGAGCACGCACUGGCAAGUUACUAUUAAGAAUCUGAGGGAAAGGAACAGACAGCUGAGCCAAGAUAAGGAAGAACUUCUUCACCAAAUAAAUCAUCAAACAGAGAAAUGGAAAGAAGAAAAGACUUGGAUUCUAGAGAAUGUGUCUAAAAACCUAGAUCGUCUUUACGCCCAGCACAUCUUGACUUUGCAGGAACUUCAGAACCUCAGUCUAUAUGUGGAAAAAGUGCAUGACCUUGUGAAUUUCCGAAUAAAAAAUCUUCAGAAAAAAUCUGAAAAGACAGCAAUAGAAAAGGCAGAUGUGUCAGUGGUUUUAGAAUUAAAGGCAGAACAGGAACAGACUAUAACUACUAUGAAGAAACAUUAUGGUGAUAAAAUGAGGAGUGUGAAAGCCCAGUUAGAAGCUUACCAAGAGCUGAUGAAUAAGAGGAGCACGCACUGGCAAGUUACUAUUAAGAAUCUGAGGGAAAGGAACAGACAGCUGAGCCAAGAUAAGGAAGAACUUCUUCACCAAAUAAAUCAUCAAACAGAGAAAUGGAAAGAAGAAAAGACUUGGAUUCUAGAGAAUGUGUCUAAAAACCUAGAUCGUCUUUACGCCCAGCACAUCUUGACUUUGCAGGAACUUCAGAACCUCAGUCUAUAUGUGGAAAAAGUGCAUGACCUUGUGAAUUUCCGAAUAAAAAAUCUUCAGAAAAAAUCUGAAAAGACAGCAAUAGAAAAGGCAGAUGUGUCAGUGGUUUUAGAAUUAAAGGCAGAACAGGUAGCUGAUAAAGAGAUGAAGCCUGAAUGGUUGGUGGAAAAAGGUUAUCUUUGGGAAGCACGGGUCAUGCUGCAAAAGAUACAAGAAUCUUUGGAUAAACGAGAGAAAGAAGUCGCUGAGCUUCUACAAAGUGCAAGGAGAUAUAGCAAAGCAUUGAAACCUCAAAUCACAAUGCAAAUAUUCUUGAAAACUCUUGUCCAGAGGGUUCACAAUAUAUACUGUGAUGUCCCCGAGGCACAGCAGUACCUCCAUCAGCUUAUCAGGAAGAACAAGGAUGAAAGGGCUGAUCGGAAAGAAGCCUUUAAUAAUGCUCAGGCUGACAUUCUCUCCUAUAAAGUGUUUUAUGGAAAUGAACCUAUGGAUGACAAAAGGACACAGGUCUUGACGAAGCUUUUCAGAAAUCUUGGGAGAGCCAAGUCUGAAUUAGAGUAUGUUGAAACAGAGGAGAUUGUGUUUGAUUGUAUCCAGACAGGGGAAAUCCCCAACUGGAUUAAAAAGGAUUGUCUUUAUGUAGCCUUGACAGCGGACCCAGGAAAAGAUAUAUACUCUGCAAAGACAAGCCACCUGCCAGACGAAGUCAUGAAGAAGUUUAAAUCACAAAUCAAGGCUGCUAAUGAAACAAAGGAACAGUAAAAGAGAUACCAGCCCUGGAGCAAGGUCCCUAUUUUAGAGGUGGACACCAGGUAGGUAGCCUGGAAAGAAGAGGUGCUUUCCUCUGUACUUCUGGAGUGGAAACUGGAUUGGAAGAAAUACAAGCCUGUUCCUUACUACAGCAACUACUUACUGCUACUGCUUAACUGCCAGCAAAGGUCAUAUAGCCAUUUAAGCAUUUUGAAAAUUAUACUCACUUUAAUAAAUGAUUUGAAGGCAUCUUAAAAAUGAUAGCACUGUGAUGACCUGAAAGAGUUCCUGACUAACAAAGGCGUCCAGGA